AUGGCUGAAUCUCAACCUCCGAUCAACAUAUCAAAAUACGAAUUGAAUUGGGAUGAGUGGAAGUUAUCCGAUCAGCAUGUGAUCACAAAAAUGAAAGGUUUAAUCGAAGCAUUGAAAAGUCAAGAAGUCGAUGCUGUUACCAUUAUGCCAAAGUUAGAAAUUGGUUGGGAUGCUGCGAUUCAUAUCUUCGGUGAAAGUGGUCGUGAUCUAUGUAAACCCGAAGUAGUCUCGAUCUGGCUCUCUUUAUUGCUAACUUUGGCAUCGUCAAAAGGAGUCACAGGCGCAUCCAUUGCUUCUUCAUUUGCCAAAAGUUGUGGUGGUUGUAUGGUUUAUACAAUUUUAACGGCGGUUGGUUGCUUUCAUUCAGAACAAAAUGUGAAGUUAGCAUUUGAUUUCUUUUGUCAUAUCUUAACUGAUGUCGAUGGCAAAAUAUUAGAAUUGGACGAAGUACGCCAACUUUCGUCAUUCUUAGUUAAAAACAUUCCAGAUCAAACUAAAAGUGUAACGGGGCGUUCUAUAUGUUUGACAUUACAUUGUUACUACUAUAUGAGUGGCACACAGAAGACAACUGUCGAAGCAAUGUCUAAUCUUAUUGAAGGACUUGGUGUAUUAUGUACCUCAAAGUCAUUUGUAGCCGAGAUGAGAUCAAAUCCGUCUUCUACUAUCGAAAUACUCAAGCGAAGUGUCUUGGACAAAUCAUUCUCGGAAAGGUUUGUCCGGAACAAAUGGCCUUAA